CCGAAAGCACUAAUGUCUCGUCCGUUGCUGGUCGAACCUCCAGCCAAAAGGCAACGUGCCCAAGGCGAGGGUAUCGGAAACGCCGAUGGGUCGGGCUUGGCUGAAGAAGACCAAGAAUUUCAGCGUUUGGAAGCUGUAUCAAAUGUCCAGGACGAGCUAAACGCUCUGGAAGAGGAGGAGGCUCAGCAGGUGCUGCUGGUUCACAAGGCGUUUCUGAAGCGCAAGCGUCCGCUGUACAUCAAGCGGCAAGAGGCAAUCGCGCAAGUGCCGGAUUUCUGGCUCAAAGUGCUCCUCGCGCACCCUUUGACUCAGCCGUACAUAUCUGACGGCGAUCAGCUCGCGCUAUCGUACCUCGAGGCAGUGGCUGUCCACAAAGCUACCUCUACAGCUGCGGCGGUGGCAGCGUCAGGAACAGCAGCGGGAGCGGCGGACGGUGACAAGGGACGGAAAUCAGAAGCAUCGGAGGAGGAGAAAGAGGAGGUGUCGGAGAGUGUCGGAGGGGAGGGGGAGAAGCUGGACGAUGACGACGACGUGGGGUUCCGGGUGACCUUUACUUUUCGAGAAAACCCGUUCUUCUCCAACUCGACGCUCUGGCGAGAAUGGGAGCCCGCUGACGAGAAGGCGGCGUUUUCGGUGGUGAAGUGGAAGGAUACAGACGAGUCCAGGGAUCUGCAGUCCUGCCUGCUCUGGAACCUUGACCCUGCCCUGCAAGAGGAGACGCCGUCCUUUUUCUCCAUUUUCGGGGACGACAUGGAGGAUUACGAGCUUGGGGAGGCUCUGAGAGGAGACAUCACGGACAACCCGCUCGACAUCUACAUGCGGCACGACUUCGACGCAGAAGCACCAGAGGAGGAAGGGGAAGGCGGAGCCGCGGCGCAACCCGAGGGAGACGGGGAGGGAGGAGAGUAUGAUGGUGGUGUUAACCAAAUUGACGCCGGGUUGGAGGAGGGCGGAGGAGACACGAUUGUCGAUAUUAAGGGUGAAGAUCGAUCGCGGUUCGAGGAACGGAUUGGUGCCGAGGGUUGAAAUUUUGACUAGAUUCCGGGCGGGAUUUCGCAGAGGUUUCGGG